AUGGUUAGUGAGGCCUUGGCGACACAACCACGAAAGCUACACCCUUUCUUCGUUACCCCAAAAGCUGCUCCCGUCACCCAACCCACUGCAGAGAGCUCCGCACAAGAUGCUCAGGAAGGAAGCGCUCGACACGAGCCCGCCACUCAAGAUCGGCCCCAUGCCGCCUGUACCACGGACGAGCUAGGACCGGCCGCCAAGCGAAGGAAGACGAGCACCGGAGAAAGAGAUGAGUCCCCAGAACCGGUUGGGAAGAAGCGACGUGGAAGGCCGAGGAAAGCAGAUCUUCAGCCGUCUGGGCAGGCAAUCACAGAUCACUUGAUCAACAGUGUCCCAGCGACCUUGACGGAAGGUUCCGGAACCAGUAAGGGCGCUUCGCUCUCGCCAGGAGAUGAUGCCGCCACUGCCAUGACUCCUUUAAAUCCUACUCCGGCUUCGACUUUGAACUUGGACCAACAGUCUCAGGCUGAUGACAGCGUUGAGAAGUCAUUUCCAACCCCGGGCCUAGGACCUCAAAAGAUUUUGAAAUUGAAUCUCAAAACCGGGACGAUAGGAUCGCCCCCAAAACUUCGUCCCGACCAGAAAACCCUUAAAAUCUCGUCAAAGUCGCGAGUAAGGGUCAAAGAGAGGCCCUCGCUCAUCGCGGUAGUUCAAUACGGUCAGGACGGUGUGUCUCGACGUCGCAUCGGUGCAAAGAUCGAGAUGAUCUUGAGCGGUCAGACCAACGGGUCGCCCGCCGUCCUCACCCCUAAUAUUGCCGAAUCUGAGCCCUCCGGCCAGACCAACGCCCCCAACCCCCCCGGAAACCUGUCCAAGGAGACGCACCCGUUCUUCUUGGCCAAAGGAAAGACGCAAAAGUCUGCCGCGGAAGAAGAUGUGGGUUUAUCCACACAAGACACCAAAGUGAAGCCGGCAUUGUCGACAGAGUCUAGAACGUUCACCUCGACGCCUUGCAGUCCAAAAAGGCGCAAAGCCCCAAUGUACCCCUCGAAGAUGCCACAGUUCGGUAUAAGACAUUCAGGCUUGAAAGUUCCCGGGUCUAGGUUGCCGGCAUGGCCCUGGCAAGGCACGGUCCACGUUGGAGCGCGUGAGGCGCCCUUGCAAUCUCUGCGAGAACUUCCUCUGGCAGCACGCAAGUCGAAAGGUAAUGCAAUCCGCGUCUCUUCCCACGAGUCAAUCAUGACUUUGGCAAGAAGUAGACUUGGGAUCGGCCACAUCCUCGCCUCCCUGAAAAGCACUCACUCGAAUGAUUUCGUACCCCCGCCUCCUGAACUACGACUACCGCACAAACAUUUCGAAAGCGGGCCCCAGCUGCAGAAGCGCAUAGCUUCCGAGAUACCAUUACGCCGUCCCUCUGUUCAAAGACUGUACGACUUGGUCGGCACCAGCCUCUCAGCUGCUGAUCGCUCAGAGUGCGAGAGCUAUAGUUGGAACCAGAAAUAUGCACCUGUCUGCGCUUCUGAAGUCAUGCAAUUAGGCAGAGAAGCAUAUCUACUGAGGGACUGGCUGCAAGCACUGACAGUUCAGUCUGUGGAUACGGGCCAGGGUGUCAACCCGCCAUCAGGGGGCGGCAAGUCGGGCAAGGGCGAGAAGCGGCCCAGGAAGAAGCGGAAGAGCAACAAACUCGAUGGGUUUGUGGUCUCGAGUGAUGAAGAAGAGGACGAACUGGUGGAAGUCUCUGAUUCCGAACUCGACUGGAGUCCGAGUGGGCGUUACGGGCUGACGAAGAAGACGGUGAUUCGCACGUCCAAGGGAUCGAGAGACUCUACGCGUUUGACAAAUGCUGUUGUCAUGAGUGGACCUCACGGUUGUGGGAAAACUGCAGCAGUUUACGCGGUUGCCAAAGAACUGGGGUUUGAGGUGUUUGAGAUCAAUCCUAGCAGCCGUAGAAGCGGCAAGGAUGUGCUCGAGAGGAUCGGGGACAUGACUAGAAACCACCUGGUGCAGCACCAUCAAUCUGUCAAGCCGGUUCAAGAACCUUCGGCGGUAGACGAAGAGGAUAUGGCCAGGGACAUCCACUCGGGCCGGCAAGCUACCAUGAACGCCUUCUUCAAGGCAAAGUCUGCGCCGUCGAAGAAGAAAGCCUCCAAAUCAGAAAUGGCUGCCGCCCAGCCAAGCGAACAGAAGAAGCCGCCCGCGCCUCACCAGAAACAGUCACUGAUUCUGCUGGAGGAGGUCGAUGUCCUCUACGAGGAGGACAGGCAGUUUUGGCAGACUGUCGUAGGUCUCAUUGUGCAAUCCAAGCGUCCAGUCAUCAUGACCUGCAACGAUGAAACUUUGAUCCCCCUCCAGACCUUGAAUCUGCACGGCAUCCUUCGAUUCACCGCGCCACCAACAGAAAUGGCAGUCGAUUGCCUCCUUAUGAUCGCGGCGUGCGAAGGGCACGCGCUACGUCGCGAAGUUGUUCGAUCUCUCUACGAUUCGCGCCAGCAUGACCUCCGUGCCUCCCUGACCGAACUCAAUUAUUGGUGUCAGCUUGGUGUUGGCGACCGCCGGGGUGGGUUUGAAUGGUUCUUUCUGCGGUGGCCAAAAGGAGUAGAUCUCGAUGAUGACGGUCAUGUAAUCCGUGUCAUCAGUGAAGACACCUAUCAAAAAGGCAUGGGCUGGGUGGGGCAUGAUUGCACGUUUGGUGAUGGCAUUGUAAGGACCGCUGAAGAAGAACUCCUUGAGCAAACUCGGGAUGCCUGGCAACUCGAUGUGAGCCUUGGGCAAGAUGUCGAGGCAUUGCAAUGCUGGUCGAGCAAGAUCCGUGAUAGGGUGGUCAGUCGCGCGGAUCGAGCCGCCUGUCUGAAGGCAUAUGACGACUUUGCAGAUGCGAUGAGCGUGUCAGAUGUCUCAUCGGCCGAUGUCUUUUUGCAGACUAUUGAUUCGACUGCCCCUGAGCUGUCCGACAAGACGCGCGACGACUACAUCAUCGGUCUGCAGCUAUUGGAAAGCUCCCCCAGGUACACUCAUAACUCGAUGAAGAGCGCAAUUGCGACAUGCCUUCAGGCUUUAGCCCGACAGACUCUGUUGGAAGCGACGAGGUCGUUCGCAGGGUCUGGCCCCAGCCACCUGGCUGCCCUGGAUGAACCUCAUCUCGUCAACAAUAUCCAUACAAAGCUUGCAGAGUCGAUCGCCAGCCCGGACACGAGCAUAAGCCGCAUCGAUAUGUCCCUCGCCUUCGACCCUAUUGCAGCAGUGGACCCCUCUCAGCCGACAGCUCAUUUGGACCCGUCUAUCUUUGACCGCACGAUGGAGAUUAUCACAGUGGAUGCUGCACCCUACGUGCGAAGCAUCGUUGCUUAUGACUCCCACUUACUGGAGCAGAGACUGAAGCUUAGCAAUCUUCUCAGUCAAGGCGGAGGCGGCAACAAACGGAUGAGAAAGACGAGGGCUGCUUACUCGGCCCUCGAAGGCGGCUCGAGGAGCACCACCAGGGCGGAGAGGUGGUUCAAAGCGGACUUGAAUACUGUGCUUGUCCUGAAGACUGGCGGGAAUAACUGGAGUACGAUCCGCCGCGAGAGCAAUCCCGAGGCAGGAGAAGAGGCCAAGACAGCAGGGCAAGCAGCUGGAGCGACCGACGAUGAUGCACCAGACCUGGGCCCUGGAACAGACGUGGAGGAUGAGGUGGAAUGA